AUGCAUCAAACGACCACGAACCCUCUCUCAUCCGAUCCAUCCUUCUUCUCGUCGGAAGACGAUGAGUACAACAACGACCACUCACUUCCUUCCCUUUCGGGAUAUUUACAACAAAAAGCAGGAUUUUUUGGAAGAUGGAAAAAAUUCUGGUUUGUCCUUUCGAAUGGAAUUCUUUAUAAAUUCAAAUCCAACAAAGAUACACAACCCAUUGAAGAAUAUGACAUUUCAGGAACAACAUCUAGCUCUGUUUCAUCUCAACCACAACAACAACCGCAACGAAUUUUACACAAUGGAAAACAUGUGUGUGGAAAAGAACAUUCCAUUGCCCUCUUCUUUCAAGAAGGUUCCGAAACUUUAAUUUUAUUAGCCAAUGAUGCUCAAGAACAUGUGCAAUGGAUGGACGCACUGAAUCGAUCACUUCCGAAACAUUUGAGAUUAUCCAUGAGUACAGCUGUGAUGAGUCAAGAUUCUUCUUCGAACUCGUCUGGAUCGAAUUCGUCACUCAAUGGAGGACUAAGCAUGUUAAACAUUAAUAAUGGUAACUCGGGAAUUUCGAAUACUUCAAAAUCUUUGGCAGCAUCGACGUCGUCACAUCAUGCAUUCUCUCCUUACACUCCACAAUCAAGAAUGGAAUCCAUGUUACAAGUUUUGGAAGCAGUUUUGGAUCCAACAGUCAUUUCUGAUUGUGAUGGAAAAAUUGUUGGAUUUAAUAAGGCAGCUGAGGAAUUGUUUGGAUGGAGAAAGGAUGAAGUAUUGUCGAAAAAUGUGUCCAUUUUGAUGCCAACCAUGUAUGCUCAACAUCACGAUGGAUACAUGAUGAGAUUUAAGAAAUGGCAAGAUAAGAGAUUGAUUGGAAAACCAAGACGAUUACUUGCCAAACACAAACAAGGUCACAACAUUCCCAUUGAAAUUUCUUUGGGAGAAAUCCCUCACGAAGAAGGAUCGAAUGACAAUAUGGCCUUUGUUGCCGUAUUUAGACCCUCGAUUGAGGACCCUUCUCAUUUCAGUAAUUCUCAUCAUGAAUCCAUGUCGUCUGAAUCUCCUAAUUAUCCCUAUAGUUCGAGUGCCAAUUCAUCGUUGGAAUCGAGUCCCUUAUCCUCCGACUCUAAAGAAGAUUCAUUUUUAUAUGGAGUUCCUUCUUCGUCGUCACCCUUUGGAACAAAGAAGGCAGAGAGUGUCACAACCACCACGACAUCUUCCUUCUCGUUGGAUCAAGAUGUCGAGAGGGAUUUACAUGGCAAUCGAGAAAAACUCGAUCAGCGUCUUUCAGCAUUUGUGACAAGUAUGAAAAGUGCUGUCGAUUCAGAAUAUACAAUUUUGGAAAAGAAAUUUCAAUUGUUACAACAACAAGUGAAUAUUGUAGAGCAAGAAAACGAAAGAUUAUUUCAACAAACUGAAAAACAACAUGAACAUAUCAAAUUACUAGAAGAAGAAUUAGGUGUUUUACAGAGAAAUUCAGAAAAAUUCAGUCUCGUUCAACUACUGAAAAACGAAUCAACCUUUAAGGUUUUCCUCGAGUAUUGUCACAAAAAUAACACUUCGGAUUUGGUCAUGUUUUACAAGGAGGCUGAUGAAUUUCGAAACAAGUAUUCACAAAUUGAUGGCGUCAUUGGUACUAUGGAAGACGAAGCGAAAAGAAUUUACGAAAAUUAUCUAAGCGACAAUUCUGGCAAAGUCAUUAACAUUCCAUUCGAUUCGAAAAGUAAUGUGAAAUAUCAUCUCUCCACUCCAACCUGUGACAUGUUUGAUUUGGCCAUUAAUGACACGCUGGCAAUUUUAAAAGAAAUUUCGUUUGACAAGUUUUGUGAAAGUGGAUCAGGAAAGGCAACUCUUCAACAAUUAUUAUUGUAA